CAACACGCCCCCGACAUGUCAGUCACGCGCCCUCGACAGCCCACGACCAACGGCAACGGCGCCAAAACCACGCCCAAGCCCGCCGCGAGGUCUGCCUCUGGCCCUGCUGCCUCGACCGCCUCAGCUCCUCGCUCGCCCCCCACCACGUCGACCAAAGUAAAGGCCCUGGCCGAGCGCUUUGAACGCUCGCCCGGCGGCAGCUCGCUCUCUGCAUCCCCUCCCGUGCGCUCCAGGUCCCGAGACCCAAGCCGCGCAGCCGCACACGAUGCCCACCGGCGAGCCAAUGCCUCCAUCUCGUCGACGGCCUCAGCUGCGCGCCCAAGCAAAGACGCCUCGUACGGCCCGCACAAGUUCAGCAACCUCAAGCCGCGAGACCGCCCCCAGCCCGCGCCCGCAACCCCUCGCAGCGCGCGCCGCACGAAUGGCAGCAAGGGCAGCAUAGACCAGCACUUCUCGCCCACAAAGUCGACCGUCGCCUCGCCGAGUCGGGUGUCGGCCUCGAGUGGUGCAAGGCAGCUGUUUGGUGAAGUCAUGGCAGGGCAGGAUGCCUCGUCGCCUGGAUUCGGCAUACCCACCGUCGAGAGCACGCUGGGAGAGGCGCCGUUGCUCUCGACGCUGACUCACGACGCACCGCGCGCACCGCCCCAGGAGCAAACGCCGUCGCGAUCGCCCACACGACACACUCCGUGUUCGAGAAUACCAAUCGCAACCCGACGGCGGAGCAUUGGCUCAGACUCCAAUUCCUCGACGCGGUCCGUCAAGUACACACCAACACGCGCAAUGAGCCACAGCAACCGCGCAUCGCCCACACGAAUGGACAGAGCGCUGGCCGACGCUGGCGCUGCCUCGGUCUCACGUGGUCCAGACCAGUCAACCCUGCCCGCUUUGGCUUACCGUGGAUAUCGCGAGCGAGGGAAAUCCCCUCUGGGUGCAAGGCCUGGACCAAGCGUAGCCGCUGUGGUCACCGCCCCACCUCCUCCAACGUCACCGCGACUGCGCAAUUCGCGCGAAAGACAGCCUCUCCAGCCUUCACCUGCCUCGCGUUCGAGAAGCACCGACCCGCACGAUGAACACGGCUACUUUCCCAUCGCCAGCAGUUUCGACGUGCAGCAGCCUCCCAUGCAAAUCCAACAAGAACCCUCGGAGGGUCUCCCCGAUCUGGCUGAGCUCGAACAGUCAUUCGAGGCCCAUGCUCUAGCAAAGCGUCCCUCGCAGGACCAAGACUCACUCCCGUCAGACCAGCAGCACCUGACCCUCCAAACCUCGACCUUGACCGUGCCUCCCUCCGACCAACCGCAAUCGGCUGUGACGGACUUUGACGAAUCACCUGUGCUGGGAAUGCCUGGGAAUUUUGUCCUCACACCGCCGGCGGCAGACCGGGAUCAAGACCACCAGCUCUUACAACCAAGCCUCUUCCAUGGUCUUGGCCACGACAGCACGAGUCAAACGCCCGACAUUGAGCAAUCAGAGCUUGGUGUCCGGGAAUCAAUACCUAUCAUGCUGAGCGACGAGCAGUCUACAAAAUCCUGGGAGCCCGACACCGACUCCUUCCAUGAAGGCCUCAGAGCACUGUCGUAUGAUUUCAAGUCGGAUCGAGGGUACGAUGCAAGAGACGGAGCAGCUCCCACGUCUCGUUACGACGCGAACGAGGCUCUAGCAGCAGCGCCAUCCUAUCCGAGACGGGACACGCUGUAUCCUGAUGAUUCGGCCAGUUGUGCUCCUCACCGAAAGCGCGUCUCACUAACACCAAACACGGAGACGUACAGUGUGGUGAACUCGGUUUUGAACAUGUACCACCAGUCGUCAGUCAUUUCGCCCGAACUCGCAUCCACAUCACGCGAAAGAGUCCACCAAGUCUCACCUGUAAUCGCACAACACAAGGACUGGGGAUCCAAAGAGGCUACCGAGACGUAUCUUGCGCGAUUGUUGAGUGACGCAAACGGGUCAAAACGCGACGCCGCCAACCAUGAGCUCAACAACCCAACAUCACCACCACGCCCAUCUAGAGACCCCCCAGACCCUCCCCAACAGUCGCCAGAACGUGGCACUGGAGGCACUGCGAUCAUAUACUCUUCCUCGUCACGACGCUACUCGCGAGACUCUGGCAGAUCUACCACUACUACCAUUCAGGAAGAUGCAUCGCAUUCUGGCAGUUCUUCUGGAAACCGUUCUCGUGACGCACUGUCACGAAGCUCGUCCAGCGAGCGUCCAUCAGCCCCUACUAAUGGCCUUGAGUUACCACAGCUUGCCUGGACCAAUGGCGGACUUGGGUUAGAUCUACAACACUCCAUGCCGCAUUCACCACUACAAAACACACCGCCUCGUCCCAACUAUUCGCCCCCACCACCUCCUGUACAGCCAUCCAUCGAUGAACAGAUGGCUCUGCAGAACGCUGCAUACAGCUCUCUGCCGCAUCACGAGCAAUUCGAGAUGCAUCCCUCGCGGUCGCGUACCCCAGUCAUCCAUGUCCAUGAGAGAACCCUGGAAGAUCGCUAUGGCACCCCACAGCCCGUUGAGGCGUCUGUGCAGUCUCCCUCGGAAGGCGAAAAGGGUGAAGAUGGGCAGCCUGACCCGGUCAAACAGGCGCUGAUCAAACGAUACCGCACGCUCGAAGAGCUGCUCACAACCGAACAUCAAUUCUGCAUCGAUAUGAUGAUUGCCCACAACAUCUUCGAAGCCACGGCGCAGAAUCUGAUGAGCGAAAAGGAAAAACGACUGUUGUUUAGUAAUUGCAAGGAGCUCGAAAAGUUCUCCUUGUCGCUAUUCCGUGCAUUCAAGAAGGCUGCAAAGCCAAUUGUCAAUUACGAAAUACCCCCUCCGACCGGUCCCUGGAACCGCGAUUCUUCCGAGGGUAGAUCGCACGACACCCAGGAACCAUCAUUGAAUGCGCAAAGACCGUCUGAGGACUCUACGAACCAGUUUGAAAACUGUACGCCCGAGAACGAUCGCCUGACGACAAUUGGCCAAGUAUUCCUUGACAACAAGGAGAAGAUGGAACGACUCUACACAACGUACUUUUUGAACCAGGACAAUGCAAGCGCUUAUAUCAAGAAAAACCAAGGAAAUGAGAUUUUGUCCGGAUGGGUGACUGCUUGUUUUGAGCAGGUAGAGAAUAUGACUCAAGCAUGGGAUCUGGAUUCUCUCCUCUUGAAGCCGUGUCAACGUCUGCUAAAGUAUCCGCUGAUUCUGCAAUCCCUGCAGGAGAUUACGGACCCUGAUCAUCCCGAUUUGCCCAAGAUCAGGGAAGCUUACGAAGAACUGAAGGCAAUGAGUCAACGCAUUAACCAGGCCAAGGCACGCUCAGAUACCUUCCGGGCUGCUGCUUCGGAAGGCAAGAAGGAAAAGAAGAGUGGUCUAGGCAAGACGUUCGUCAAAGCCUUCAUCCCCAAGGUGGACAAGAGCAAAGCAUAUGACGAAGCGGACAAGACUUUCAAAGACCAAGACUACAAAUCAAAGGAGCAGAAGUUUGGUGGCCAUUUCUUCCAACUCCAGAUUGUCAUCCGCGACUUUGAGCAAUACCUCGAGGCGAUUACGGAGCACUAUUUGCAACUCAACAUUGUAUUCUUGGGCUUCAUCACGGUCUGCGAAGUCGCGCCAUCCGUGUACCCUGAGAUUGAGAGCACGUGGCGGAAGUGGGCAAUGGCUCAUUUUGAGCUGCAGAACAAGGCGCUGGAAGAGCAUAAAGCUGCUGUUCGGAGCCGCGUGCUGAAGCCUGUCGGAGAUCUCUGGGAGAUGUGGGUGUCGUAUCAGAAGACGAUAGAGCAGCGCAAGAAGUAUCUGUUGUACUACGUCAAACACAAGCAAGCACUGGAUCGUGGCGAGAAAGUAGAUCCGGAUCUAGAAGAGUCGGCGAACAAGUUUUCGACGAUCAACGACACACUCAAGCACGAGCUGCCUUUGCUCUACGAACGAACCAAGGGCCUCAUGCGCACGCUCAUGACAUUGUUCAUGUGCUUGCAAAAGGACUGGUACAAGACGUGCUCGAAAAAGAUACUCCCACUGCUCGAAAGCGAACCGCAACACACGACGUCACUUCGGUACGACCUCGAAUCCUAUGUCGAGCGCUUCCAUUCAGACUACAAGCCGAUGCAAGAGCUCGCCAACAAACUUGGCAUUGUCAACCGCAAUCUCCUUAUCGACAUCUCCAACAUGACUUCGCCCGUUCCCACAUUCUCAUCUGAUGGCGGCGCCUCUUCCCGCAACUCGUCUUCCCGUCGCACUGAAUCCGUAGGCAGUGAAGCAUCCAUGAUGGAAUCACGGAAUCGGAAUAGCGGCGGCUAUGCACCACGAUCACAUCCACGGAGCCUUGACAACCCUCCCCGGUCCUCACCUGCAGGUCCUGCCUAUCCCACACUGUACCCGCCCAACCCAGCAGGACGGGCAGGCCCUGGACCUACGUCGUUGCGCGAGGGACGAGCGCUUAGCCCUGCCUCGGACAACAGCGACGCCACUGUUAUGCACAGAGAGCGUCGUAAUACCGGUCCUUCUCGAAACAACCACAACUACAUGGGCCUUGAUGGUGCUGUUGAUGUUGAGAAUUCACCUUCGGGAUCCCAUGCGUUUGAUUUCCCGCCUCAACUAGGGCCUUCAUUCCUCGCAGCAUCGCAGCCAAUGAUGCAUACAAUUUCAGCACCCCCUUCGCAACCAGCAUCCAUCACAGGCUCGACACGCGCAUCUGGAGUCUUCAACUCUGCCCUACCAAUGUCAGAUUCACCUGCCCGAGGCAGCGUCGAAGAACUACCCACUACUCCUGCCGAAACCGAAGAGCCCGAGGUACUCUUCCUGGCUGCCAGUCUGUUCGAAUUCAACAUUGCCCACGAUCGCCGUGAAGGCGGCAUACCGUACCUGGUUUAUGUCCCGGGCGAGAUUUUCGACGUCAUUGGCAUGAAGGGAGAGCUUUGGCUGGCUCGUAACCAAGACGAUGCUACCAAGACUGUGGGAUGGAUAUGGGAAAAGCAUUUUGCUCGCAUUUUACCUGAAGAUGCCUAGUCGCUCUUCUUCUUUCCAACAUUGACACACUGUUUCUUGCUUUGGGGGUUCACACAGGUAUUUUCGUUAUAGGCGACCAUUGGCUCGCCGGACUUGGCGUCAGCCUUGUUUUCUUUUCCAGCCUUGUCUUUGUGUGGGCCAUCUCGCGCUCUCCCUCCUCCUCCUCAUCCUUCUGUCUUCUGUCUUCUGUCCUCUUCUUCCUGCCUUCCUUCAUUGAUGCUUCGGUGCUCUCUUAUGUGAUUCCCCACCUUCUUCUGGUUUCUGUAUCACCCUUUUUUUCCCUUUCUCUUCUCUUCCACAAAACAACC